CCGGGACCGGGGACCGAGGACCGGAGACCGGCCCCGCGGACGCGGAGCUUCAGGACACAUUUAAAACACACACAGCUCUUGUCAUGGCUGCUUUUUGGGGCAGAAUUAACAAACGGAAGCUGUUGAAAGUCGACAGGUGGCGCUAGUUUAUGAAAUAAUGUUGUUUUAGCAGCAGCUUUAGCAGGAUGAGCUAGCGUGGUGCUAACGGCUAGCUCGCGCUUGGUGAAGGGAAAUGAAGCCCACGUUGCUCGUGAUGUCUGUGACGACACUGUUUUUACAGGACCACAAACAUGAGAGAUGGCACAGCUCUUGUUUCUGAUGAUCCUCUGUGCUCUUCCGUCUCUCGUCGUCACCAUACAUAAUUCAUCAGCUGGAGGCUGUGCCAUCAUCCGGCCUCCCAGGGAAGGCGGGAUCCGUUACAGAGGGCUGACACAAGAACAGAUCCGCAGUGUGCAGAUCCUUCCUGUGGAUUAUGAGAUUGAGUACAUUUGCAGAGGAAACCGCGUGAUCGUCGGGCCCAAGGUCAGGAAGUGCUUACCCAACGGCACAUGGACCAACAUCACGCAUCACAGCAGAUGCUUGCUGCUGUGUCCCAGAGUGUGGACGUCACUGGAGAACGGCCGUGUGACUGCGAAGCCUCCUGGACCGCCAGUGGAAGGAACGGUGCUGCAUUACAGCUGCAAUGCUGGCUUCAUCCUGGAGGGCAGAAACAUCAGCCACUGCACCAAGCUGGGCAAGUGGGACGCCCCCAAACCCACCUGCCUCUACGACAGAAACUACACAGGAAAGAAGAAGCUGUACAUCGGAGCGCUGUUCCCCAUGAGCGGCGGCUGGCCGGGCGGUCAGGCGUGCAUGCCCUCCGCUCAGAUGGCUCUGGACCUGGUGAACAACAGGAGCGACAUCCUGCCCGACUACGAGCUGGAGCUCAUCCACUUUGACAGCAUGUGUGACCCUGGGGAAGCCACCAAGUUGCUGUAUGACCUUCUGUACACCGAGCCCAUCAAGAUUGUCCUCAUGCCUGGCUGCAGCGGCGUCUCCACGCUGGUGGCUGAAGCUGCUCGCAUGUGGAACCUCAUUGUGCUGUCCUAUGGCUCCAGCUCUCCGGCUUUAUCCAAUCGCCAGCGUUUCCCCACCUUCUUCCGCACACACCCGUCAGCCACCCUCCACAACCCCACCAGGGUGCAGCUCUUCCAGAAGUGGAAGUGGACUCGCAUUGCAACCAUCCAACAAACCACCGAAGUGUUUACAUCAACUCUGGACGAUCUGGAAGAGAGGACGAAGGAGGCAGGAAUCGAGAUCAGUGUUCGCCAGAGUUUCCUCACCGACCCGGCUGUCGCUGUCAAGAACCUCAAGCGUCAGGAUGCAAGGAUCAUUGUGGGACUCUUUUAUGAGACUGAAGCCAGGAAGGUGUUUUGUGAGGUGUUCAAGGAGAAGCUCUAUGGGAAAAAGUACGUCUGGUUCCUGAUUGGCUGGUACGCUGACAACUGGUUCAAGAUCAAAGACCCGGCCAUCAACUGUACAGUGGAGAACAUGACGGAGGCUGUGGAGGGACACGUGACCACUGAGAUUGUUAUGCUGAACCCGGAGACUGUCCGCGGCGUGUCCAACAUGACAUCACAAGAGUUUAUUGCCUCCUUGAUGUCUCUUCUGGGAGGAAAGAACCCUGAGGAGACUGGAGGCUUUCAGGAGGCUCCUCUAGCCUACGACGCAGUGUGGGCUCUGGCCCUGGCCCUCAAUAAGACGGUGGCCCCUCUGAAGGCCAAGGGCCGGCGUCUGGAAGACUUCAAUUAUAACAACCAUGACAUCACCUCAGAGAUCUACAGAGCCCUCAACACAAGCUCCUUUGAAGGUGUUUCGGGUCACGUGGUGUUUGAUGCCCAGGGUUCCAGGAUGGCGAUGACUCUUAUCGAACAACUGCAAGGAGGCAGUUAUAAGAAGAUUGGUUACUACGACAGCUCUCAGAAGAACCUCUCCUGGUUUGGAAAUGAUGUCUGGAUAGGCGCUGGACCUCCGGCUGAUCGCACCGUGGUGAUUGAGGAGUACAGGUUCUUGUCUCAGAAGCUGUUUGCAGCCGUGUCUGUGUUCGCUGGCCUUGGCAUCUUACUCGGCAUCGUCUGUCUCACCUUCAACAUCUACAACGGCAGCGUCCGCUACAUUCAGAACUCUCAGCCCUACCUGAACAACAUGACUGCAGUGGGCUGCAUGAUGGCUCUGGCUGCAGUCUUCCCACUGGGGAUCGAUGGACACCACGUCCACAGGUCACAGUUCCCCAUCGUCUGCCAGAAACCCCACCUUCACCAUUUCCCUUUGUUUCUAAACCUGUCUGUCUGUCUGUCUGUGUGUGUGUGUGUGUGUCUGUGUGUCUGUCUCCUGCAGGUGUUGUGCCUGAUCACGGCUCCAGUGACUAUGAUCCUGUCUUCACAGCAGGACGCCUCCUUUGCCUUUGCCUCUCUCGCGGUCGUCUUCUCUGCUUAUAUCACCCUGGUGGUGCUUUUCGUACCCAAGAUGCGGCGUCUGAUCACCCGCGGUGAGUGGCAGUCAGAGCAGCAGGACACGCUGAAAACCGGCUCAUCGACCAACAACAAUGACGAGGAGAAGUCCAGGCAGCUGGAGAGAGAGAACAGGGAGCUGCAGAAGAUCAUCCAGGAGAAAGAAGAGAGAGUAUCGGUGCUCCGCAACCAGCUGGCUGAGAGGCAGGCUCUGCGUAACCGCCGCCGACCCUCCGCGGGCCAGAAUCAGAACCACAAUGCACCGCCACCCUUGUCCCAGCCAGACCCCAAGUCCCUGCUCCCUCCGCCGGGCUACCCUAACCCCACGACUGACAAUCACUCGCUCCCUCCCUCCUUCUCCAACUCCUCCAGCCUCUACCCGGCCGACAGCAAGAUGAGCCGCAACCACUGUCACAACAGCCAGAUCCCACUGCUGUAUAAAUAGGCCAGGCAGGGGAGGGGGCGGGGCAGG